AUGAGUAAUCAGACGCGAUUACAAACAGCGCUGGAUCCAAAUGAGGAUCCUGUGACGGGUCUGGAAAGGGUAGCAGCAUUUAGAAAUGAGAAUGCAGAAAUACGGCGAAGAAAUCGCGAACAGGCACAACGCGAAUUGGAAGAGUCUCGCCAGCACAAAUCGGAUACAAGUGAAGGGAAAGAAGGCGCUGUUUCUUCACGAUAUGAAAGUUUGAAUUAUGAAAUCGUCGAAAAUAAGCUCUAUCAAGCUGAGGAAUUGGAACCCGAUCAUCAGCGAAAACUUUUCCAUCAAUCAGUGAAUCGAUGGGUGGUGUGCUUCUUUAUUGGAAUUCUCACUGCCAUUGUUGCAGCUGCUAUAGAUAUAACAAUAUAUUACAGCAGUUUAGUCAAAUUCCGCUUAAUCAUUAGCAAUCUAUUGAAUUUAUGUGAGAAGCGGAUGGAAGUUGGUGGUGGUUGCAUAUGGACGGUAGAAUUUGCAUGGAUUUGCUAUAAUUGCAUUUUGAUCACAAUUGCCGCUUGUUUAGUUUUAUUUCUAUCUCCUAUUGCUGCUGGCUCAGGUAUAUCACAGGUCAAGUGUUUUCUGAAUGGUGUGGAAAUACCGGGCGUUGUACGACUGAAAACUUUGUUUGCAAAAGCAUUUGGUGUAGCAUGUACAGUUGCUGGUGGUUUAAGCGCUGGAAAGGAAGGCCCGAUGAUUCAUUCUGGAGCGGUGGUUGCAGCUGGUAUUUCACAAGGCAAAUGCGUCACUUUCUCACUUGACUUUCAUAUUUUUGAACAAUUCCGAAAUGAUCGUGAAAAGCGAGAUUUUGUGAGUGCAGGUGCGGCAGCUGGAGUGGCUGCGGCUUUUGGUGCCCCAAUUGGUGGAGUUUUGUUCAGUCUGGAAGAAGGAGCUAGCUUUUGGAAUCAGAGUUUAACAUGGCGCAUGUUUUUUGCUGCUAUGAUGUCAUCAUUUACUUUGAAUUGCAUUCUCAGCGUAUUUCAUGGAGUUGGUGGUUUUCUGUCAUGGAAUGGAUUAGCAAAUUUCGGCGUUUUUGAGAAUCAUAGCUACAAUAUUUGGGAAAUACCGAUCUUUCUUCUCAUUGGUAUUAUUGGAGGCCUCUCUGGCGCUUUAUUCAAUUUUCUAAAUCUGAAACUUUCACGAUUUAGAAAGAAAUAUAUUCGAAGCAAAUGCCAAAAACUGGUGGAAUGUUUACUCGUAGCUGCAGCGUCUGCAUUUACUGGAUUUAUUACACUCUUUUUAGUAAACGAUUGUCAGCCAGUUGGCCGUAACCCAAAAUUAACAGAGGUUACAAAGUUGUGGUGUCGUAAGGGUCAGUACAGUGCUGUAGCAAACUUAUUUUUUCAAAGUCCGGAAGAAAGUGUUAAAAGCCUUUUUCAUAGUCCAGCAAAUUCGUAUGCGGUUAGUACAUUAUUAAUAUUUGCUGUCGAGUAUUACUUCUUAUCGUUAUGGACGUAUGGACUAUCAGUACCGAGUGGUAUUUUCAUACCAACUUUGUUAACAGGCGCAGCAUGGGGCCGUCUUAUUGGAGUUAUCGUCGAAUACAUGUUUCCAGAUGUUACUGGUAUACAUCCUGGCAAAUAUGCUCUUGCCGGAGCUGCAGCCCAGUUAGGUGGUGUUGUGCGGAUGACAAUUAGCCUAACUGCCAUUCUCGUUGAAGCAACCAGGAAUAUCACAUUUGGUUUGCCAAUAAUGCUUGUUCUUAUGGUUACGAAAUGGGUUGGCGACUUGUUCAAUGAGGGUCUUUACGAUGCACAUAUUGAAUUAAGUGAAGUGCCUAUUUUGGGCUGGUGUGCGCCGGAGCUAUCACGCAACAUACUGGCAGGAAGUAUAAUGAGGAGAGAUGUAGUAACAAUGAUGCCGAAAGAACGUGUUUCACGUGUGAUUGAAGUCUUACAUGCCACAUCACACCAUGGUUUUCCGGUUAUCGAUGACAUUAAUUCUCUGUCAAGCGAGGAAGAAAUACCGGAAUAUGGUCAUUUGAAGGGUUUAAUUCUGAAAUCACAGCUGAUUAUUCUGAUUAAAAAACGGGUUUUUUAUAAGGAUCCUGAAUGUCGAGUUGUGGUGAAUGGAAGCGAAUUGGUUCAACUUUCUGAUUUCGCCGACGAAUAUCCAAAAGAUGCUAAUUGUUGGCUGGACUUAACCCCGUAUAUGCAUUCAAGUCCUUAUCGUGUACCUUUAAGUGCUUCACUACCAUCGAUAUUUCAUCUCUUUCGCGGAUUGGGAUUGCGAUAUGUAGCUGUUGUUGACGACGAAAAUAAACUUUGUGGAAUUAUCACUCGGAAAGAUCUCGCAAGGUUCAAAGGACGUCGAACUUUUGGAAGCUAUGCCAUAUGGGAAGUUUUUGUUUCGGACUUCCAGACUUGA